CGUAGGGGAGCCCGGCUGCAAACCCGGCAGCCGAGAUGGCGGCGCCGCAACCGUGCUCGGACAGCUCCUGUUGUUCGCACCCCGGUGCGGUGCCCGGGGUACAGCAGACGCUGGAGGAGAUGGACUUUGAGAGGGGUGAGAAGGGAAUCUGGUCGGCAGCCCUGAAUGGAGACCUGGGCCGAGUGAAACAUUUCAUCCAGAAGGCCACGGACCCUAGCCAGCCCGACUCUGCCGGCUACACUGCGCUGCACUAUGCUAGUCGCAAUGGGCACUAUGCUGUUUGCCAGUUUCUGCUGGAAAGUGGAGCAAAGUGUGACGCCCAGACCCACGGGGGUGCCACAGCCUUGCACCGGGCCAGCUACUGUGGGCACACGGAAAUUGCACGACUGCUGCUUUCCCAUGGGUCCAAUCCUCGGCUGGUUGAUGAUGAUGGCAUGACCAGCCUACAUAAGGCUGCCGAGAAGGGUCACGAGGACAUCUGCUCCCUCCUGUUACAACACAGCCCAGCUCUGAAGGCUGUCCGGGAUCGCAAAGCACGCCUAGCAUGUGACCUGCUGCCCUGCAACAGUGGCCUGAGGGACCUGCUGGCCAGUUGAGGCUCCGCCUCCCCUCUCUGGCUGCCCUUGAAGGGUACACAGACAGCUCUCCACACCCUGCCUUGCUCAGCAUCAUGCUGCCUGAUGGGACCAGGGCCAGACUGCCCGGAAGAGCCCCUGUCUAGCUGGUGCGGGAGCUAGUAGGAAGGCUUGGGAGGGCUGACGACUGUGAGCCUGGACAGGUGAUCAUAUAAGUUAGUCCUUGUAGAAACAGCUAUCCAUUUGGAUGGAAAUAAAGCUUAUAUCUUGACAUCA